GAGGUUCUCCAAACCACCUCUUCAUCAACACCGAAGCUCCUGUACAUAUCCUCCUUGGAAGCACAUUCAUCAAAUGAUUACAUUCUAACACACUCGAUAACCUGACUUAACGUCCUGUCACAUCUACCUUGGCAAUGCCACCUCAACCAAGUAAACCACCAGAUGACACCGCGGUGGCCAUUCACCCAGUCAUACAGAAUGCGUUGCGCGUUUCUCUGAGCGCAAAGGAGUACAAGAUCAUCCACGAGCGUGUACUGAAACGAUCCUUGAUAUUGGACAGUCGGCUUCCAUCGCCAUCUACAUAUGAGAGUGUCGUGCGGACGCCGAACAAGUACAAUGUCGCCGCUAUUCGGGCAUCGUUGAGGGUGUUUCUGGGUGUUAGUGGUGGGAUAUCGUUGGUUGAGGCAUUAACUGCGCGGUUUGGGAAGGGUGAGACGAGUACCAAAAAAUCCACACGCGAACCUUUCCUCCAUUCACCAAAAUAUCGACUGGCGCUCUCCCUUUCCCUAGUCCUACUUAUCCAUCGCAUAUUAUACCGCUUCUUCGUCCGUCUACGCGCAAACCUCCGAACAGAAGACGCAAAGCCCUUUCGAGACCGAAACCCACGAUUCUCACAGGCGCUAACGUCAAAAUAUGCCCCCGUGGUAGGUGCCAGUCUUGCCGGUGCCGCAUUGGGGGUUUGCCCUCAGAGUAGACUUCGUGUUACAGUUGCAAUCUACAUGACUACUCGGAGUUUGGAGUUUUUGUAUAAUGCGCUGAAUGUUAAAGGAUAUUUGAAGUAUAAGCCGUGGUGGUUUGGGAGUUGGUUGUUGAUGCCUGUUUCUUGUGCGCAAUUGUUUCAUGCGUUUGUCUUUGAUAGGGAGACUAUGCCUAAGUGGAUGGGUGACUUGCUUCUUCGAUUUUCUUCGAGCUACAUUCCGGAACGUCCUGAAAACUUUCCGGCUCAUCUAUCCUGGCCUAGUCAAUAUGGCAUUGUUGAUUCUCUCGGCACAAUUGCUGAUUUGAAAUGGCCGAUAUUCAUCUCGCCCAUUCUACAUCCCAACAAUCCCAAUCCUCUCCCAAAACAAACCAAGUCAAUCUCACCAUUGGCCUCACCUGCUCAUCCAAACAUUGCCUCAUUAUCAUGUGCCUUGCUUCACCCAAGCACACCAGGCUGCAGCACCGCAUUUAUACAUCACAUCUUAAACUCCGCCCCUUCAUUAGUCCGAAGCAUCACUCUUGCCGCCCUGGCCGUUUCAGCAGUCAACUACAAAAAAUCUUUCUCAAGCCCACUAUCCUCAAUCAACACAAUCUCAAAGCGAAUCCUCAGCUUGACAGCUAUUCUGUCUGCAUCAACCGGUUCAUUCUGGGGAAGCAUAUGCCUGCUAAACAGCCUAUUACCUCGCUCGACCUUACCCACGAAACGAUUCUUUAUUAGCGGUGCAAUGGGUGGUUUACCAUUUGCCUUUGUCGAGCAGGGUCGUGGAGUGUUUACAUAUAUCUUCCGAUCAGCCAUCUACUCAGCCUGGGCUACGGGCGUGAAGCGAAGAUAUUGGCGUGAAUGGAAGACUGGUGAAUUGGCGCUUAUUGUCGUGUCGUGGGCGUUAAUUGGUAUGGUGCUUGAAUCUACUCCUGAGGCUGUUGAGGGUGCUGGGCUGCGUAAGGGGUUUGCGUGGCUUCGGGGUGAUGGAUUUGCGGAUCCCGUGGAAGUUGCUUUGAAGAGGAAGAGGAGGGCGACGAUGUCGGCGCAGAAGAAUACUGAGGAGGAAAAUUCUGCUUAGGCGCUUGUCUCUUCAUCUGUUGAUAAUGUCUUUUCUUUCCGUGAAGUUUCUAUUGAUACCAUACGAGUAAUACAACAUUG